AUGGCGAUUAAAUUCGGUGAGCGGCCUGUCUGGCGGUCAACAUCCGACACCAUCAACAGCAAGGUGUUUAUUGCAAUUGUCAAGGAUGCUUUCGGCUACAACGGCAUAAGUCGGCGCCGAAUGGAUACUGUAAUUUUGCACGACAAUGCACCCUUCCACUGCUCUAACGAGGUAAGAAAGUGAUGUCGCUUGCAAAUAUAAUCUAACAUUUCAGAUAACAACCACCCUCUCCACAAUUGGCCUUCAAUCUAUUUUCAUCGUGGCCAACAGUCCCGAUUUGAAUCCUAUCAAAAAUCCUUUUGGAAUAGUCAUAAGAAAUUGGGACAAAGCUAAGAAGACUCUUUCAAUGCAGGACAAAUUGGAUUUCAUACUCAAAACUUACAUUUUACAAUCCAGCAUAGAUAACCUCGUCAUGUCUACAGACUUACAGACCUUCUGCAGUUAUUCAUUCAAAUGGACAAUCAACAAAGUACUGAUGUUUUGUAGCUGUUUCUGUCCUUAAUUAUUUUUGCCCUUUUAUGCGCCCUCCUCCUUUAUACACCCACAUACGAAGCCCAUUAUUAGUUUGGUUGUAAUAUAGGCGUUUCUCGAAAAUGUGACUUUUGUCGGAAAUUAUUUAUUUUUAUCUCAGUAAAUAAUAUUUUCUAAAUUAAAAUUUGCUUUAUUUCUUUGACAUAUCUUUUAUUUUCCGCUAUCAGAUUUUGUGAGAACUAGUGUUUACCGAUUCUGCGUUAAAGUCGUUCACCUGUGUUAAUUCAUGACAUUUCAUGAGUUAGCACAGGUACUGUUUAUAUAUCAUGGCACGUUCCCGUUUACCAAUGUUUCUAGUGAAGUGUACAACACGGCCCGUGCCCAUUGCAGAAUUUUAUUAUGUCUAUACAGUGUCUUCUGUAAAGCAUAUUGAAAUAUAUGAUUUUCCUUACGCGCAACGCAUGGAGCUUGUAGACCUAAAUCUGUAAACGCUAAUUCAACGACUAUUGAGGCUCAUAAUUAUUCGGGAAGCGGGAAACUUUUUCAAAACCUUCAAAAAGGCUUUUUCAGGUAUAAUAUAUGAAGUGUGAUUUUCCACCAAACAAUUAAAAGAAUGCAUAGAGUUGUGCAUGAUUUCUAUAAAAUAUAUUUUAAUUUGUGUGAUCAUCCAAACUAGGUAAAAAAAAUCAAUGUUAUUUAGGAAGUCAUUUUUAACCGAGUUCAGUUUCUGCAAGAUAUCAGGAAGAAUUCCUUUUAAAAGCCGACAUUAUGGAGCGUCCGAUAUAUUACAGUAUUACGCUACAUGAUAAUUAAUAUUACAACGCCACCUUAUUAAUCCUUCCUAGGGGAAAACGCACUUCAGAAUUUCGGCCAACAUAUCGUGAGAUCCCUCACGCACUGUCUAUUUUUAAUCAAAUACUCAUGAGCCCGCCAUACGGUCAGGAGAGGAGAGGGUGGUCUCUCCAUGUGCCAACUCUUGGCCAGAGGUCUUUAUGUUUAACAGCAUGCUGCCCACAAACACAGCCCUGUAAUUUUGAUGGUAAAAUGGGUGAAAGCUGGAAGCUAUGUUACACUACCAUAAAAUUACUGCUUAAAGGGGGAACUUCCAGAGCUUGAUCUAGCGGCCAGCAAGAUGAAUAGGUGAUUAAAGGUGAGAUCACGGGCAGAUGUGUGAGCAUCGACAUUUUCUACCCAACCAUCAAAGUUGCUGGACCAAAACCAGACCAUUAAUUAGCUCGGGCAGUAAGGAUGUUAUAUCCAUUCAUUAACGCAAGUGGUACAUUUCGUUGAUCUAUCACUCGACACUACAAAUGCUCUUCCUGGCGAGCUUAGUCAAGAAGCGGUAUGGUAAUCUAUGCAGGGCAUUAACUCCUAUCUUCACUUUGGGUUUUGAUAGGAGAGCUUUAAAAUCCUGAUUAACCUCUGGUCCUUCAAAGGAGUGUGCGUAAAUAUGAGAUGAUUAGAACUUUAUUAGCAUCCAGUAAUCUUCAGUUAAAACAAUGCCUAUUAGACAGAUCCCGUGCGCGGCAUGUGUGUUUAAACCAUACGUUGUGUUCAUGAACAAAUUACUACAGAAAAAUGUCAUUUGUUCUCAGAAAUAAAACAGGAUAUCUGAAGGUUUUUAUGUAAUUUUUACUCAGGCCUAACAACUUCUCAUUUUCCCUAUCGACGCCGGGUGAAUGUAAAUGUGAGCAUCAAAUCUCCAGCAAAAUCAAGAUAGCCUUAAGAGGGCCAUUUCUUUUUUAUUUUUCUUUGACUCAUUUUCCGAAAAAAAAACUCUUCAAAAGUCUGUGUGUCUCGAGUUUUGCCGCAUUUCUUAACCAGUUAACUGUAAACGCUUGUUUCGACUGACUUUUUAAUAACUUCAACCAGAAAUCAGUAAGCGUAAUCUUGAUGCUGCGCAGCGGGAACUCUUAUUGUUGGGUCCUUGUGGCCAUAUCUUUGAGGCCCUUUUGACUGACUUCUUUAAUUGCUUGCCAGUAAUGGGACAUUUAUCUGUAUUUAAAGGGACCGCACUUACGACCACAGUCAAACAAAACCUGCUUUUUUUAAUACGGCAUACCGAAGGAAACAUAAGUCGCGAUUAAUGCAGCAAGAGGCCAUAAUCGGCCGAUUUUAUUCCUUAAAUUCCACUCAUGACAUGUUUCAACUACAGAAUGCAAUAUGGCAGUCCUUUUCACCUUGGAUUUACUAUCUAAACACAUUCCAACUCUUGGUAUCAUAAACAUUUUAAUGAACAACUGAAGAGAGAUGUCAACCUCGACAGGAGAGACUGGAGUUUACCGCUCCGUCUUAUUUGUGUCACUCAUCAAAGAACCUUGCCGAACGACCCACAAAACCACCCCAUACUGACCACCGAAAAGAAAGCGUUUUUGCUCAAAGUCCCUUUCAAAGGAGACGCUGCAAGUAAACUCCCAAAAGGACCCCUUAACUAGGCUGUCUCGGGAACCUUCCCAGCAGCAAGGGUUCGCAUAUCAUUUUUUACCAACCCUAUUUUACGCGGAAAAGGCAAGGAUAAGCUGUCACCCGGGACGACCUCAAUGUGCAUCUAUUCAUUGGAGCGGGUUAUAUUGGUUGUACGAGUCGGCACCUUUCCAAAAGAAUAUAAAAACACCUUCCCGCAUCUUUGGCAAAAUGUGAAACUAGGAGAAUAGACAGCGCCAUCCUUGCACAUGCAGUAGAUUCAGGGCAUCAUGUGAAUCCCGCUGAAGCAUUUCGUGUGAUUUAUAAGAUCCUCUCUAGCUACCCUAAGCCACUGGGCCAUCGCUUGUUAGAAACGGCAGAAGCAGCCGCCGACUCUAUGCUCCCAAAGAACCUCGUUCAUGCUCCGUGCUUAUCGUGGUCAAAAGUUUAGUAACCACAUAUAAUAUUUUGUGCCCUUCCGCUUAUGCCUAGCCUGUAUUUUAAAAACUUUUAUUGACUUUUUCACUCACUGUACUCCGUCCCAUAUAACUGUACUGGCCUGACGAGAAGUUAUCGAAAUCAACGUUUACUCGCCACUUUCUCUUCUGAAUAUGACUAUGGAGAUUUUCACCACUCUAAAAGAAAAGCUGGCCUCUAUUACAAUGGUGGCCGGUCAACAGAGAAAAGUAGGCUCUCAUAGGGCAGGAGUGCCAUAAAGGCAAUAGUGAGAAGAAACCAUCACAGUCGGGAGGAAGAUGCAAUUGUUGGAACAUAAUGUAUCUUGGCCUGACGUAUCGGGCUCCAACUUGAACCCAUCUGGACAGACGGUCAUAGACAACGGUAAUGGAGGCAAAUAGAACGAAGUAUUUAUUAAAUGCCCUUCCCCUCCUAGUACAUUAUUGCAAUAACUCGCAACACCCGGCUACAUCGCCGAGGGUCGUUCUUCGUGCGAUGAUCACAGUCAAAACAAACAUGCUGCAGUUAAUAUUUUUGCUCAUUUGCCGCCAAAAUUGUUUAUGUACUAUAGACACUGCAUCGUUACUAUCUAUUAGGGAACGUCGGCAAAUGUCGCCGUCGACAUGAAAAAGACGGGUGCAUUGGACUGAGGAUCACGUCAUCUUGACUUAUUGAUGGAACGAGGUGGUCUUUGGCAAUGAAAACAAUCUGUCCGUAUAAACGAAGAGGCGAGUUCCGGGAAGCAUUCGUGAAGAAGGAGACACGAUCGCUGGGACAAGAGCUUUAGUAGCCUGACGUUUCGGGCCCUGCUCGAACCCAUCAUCGGAGACAAAUGCAGAAAGUCCCUGUAGAUUUUGUAUGCCGUUGGAACAAUUAUGCGUACGCAGUCGCAUACCUGCAGUGGACGAUCAUGUGGAUUUCAUAGCUCCUUGGUCUAUGGGGCUUUGGUUUCGAGCAUGAGCAGAGAUGUCAUCAUCAGUACAGGGAGGAGACACCAUCGGCCGCCAUCUUUCUCCUUAUUCUGUCUUUAGCCACCAGAGGCAUCCGUGCAAGUAACAUGCAACAGAGGGUUCACGAGUGUAGUUGACACAAACAAGGACCCGUCAAGACAUGAUCAAACGAAUCAUCAAACGAGGUGUGCUCUUGUGAACGAUCAGCGUUAACUCGUGGUUGGGCAGAAAAACAGGGAAUCUGUUCAAUGCUGGUGAAACAGUAAGGAAAUGCACAAAUGUUGCCUUUUUGUCUGCAAACAAGCUGCCAAAAGGAUAAAAUGGUUUCCCCGUACUCACCUGAUCAUGCUUGCAUGACGCAACAGAUUACUUAGAUGAUUUGCUUGAUAAACCGAUUUGCAGACGAUCCGCAAUUUGGCAUGUGAUCGAGGAGUAAGACAAAUUCAAACAUUAAAACAGAAUAGUGAUAUUUCCUCUUUGGUCUCCUUAACCUGCCAAAUGUUUCGAAGAAAUUGAAAUUUUGCAACGCGGAUAACCUUACUUAGGGACGGACGGAAAUGCCUUUCUACGGUAACGUAUGGAAAUAUUGACAGUUCGAACUACUACUUCUACCAGGAACUGCGCAUUCAGUCGCAUAUCUGCAACACUCGGUCAUGUGAGUCUGGUAGUUUGACGAUGUAUGUGGGGCGUAGAAGUCGCAUUCUACACGAAAGUCAGAAUGCUCACACAUGCUUUUUAAAAAUCUCUAGUUUACUGCUGGCUUCCGUGAGUCAGUAGAUCGGUGGACGAAUUUUACCGCUAACUUCUAUCAUAGGCCCUUUGAAAACCCGUGGCAAUUGCUGCACAUAUUGCCACAGUCGUGCUUGCAACUCGAAGGAUCAAAUAAAGAAGGAUAUUCGGAAUGCCCGAAAUGCCUUAAGCAAAUCACAAGUAGAAAAUUUACUUAAUGACAUCGUUAGAAGUGCUUCUCAGCUUCUAAAGCGAAGUGGAUAGCUUAUGCGUAGAAUGAAGUCAGGACUGCCGUGCCUAAUACAUCGUCACAGGUUUCGAGGUUUUCUGACGGCAUGACUGUUGUCUGUUCUCAGUAUGCACCCCAAAUACAGCGGCCUCUUGCGAAUCAGAGCACUCCAUGACAAGUCAGGCCUCCCUCAUCGACAACUGCCGCCACUAUGCCCGGUUAGGAUCUUCAGCACCAGAUUAUCAUAACGAAAAUACGCACCUUAGACUUUGGCGCACGAGAUGAUUGGUGGGAGUACCUAGACUCAAAAAAGCCUCUUCUAUCUGAAAUUUGUUUAAACCGCAUGGCUGCAAGCAAUAGCACACAUUGAGCAAAACAAAAUCAGUUACUCAGUUCUCCCCUUCUCAAAGUUACAUGUGGCCUAGAAAAGCAGCAGGACUCAUCCUUUGCAUUUCCGCGCUGACUGUCUGCAUCGUCUGGCGUCUCAGUUUUAUCUGGUUACAGCAUUGUGCUGGAAAUAAUGUUGAGACGAUUAUGUUUGAUUAUACUCCUCCGACUGAAAAAAGGUCACCAAAGCCCGACGUGCUAUUCAGACAGGCUCGUUCAACCGUCAACGAACUCUGGAGACUGACUAAUGCCCACUUCCCCACACGCAACUAGACAUCUCCAUCAAUAACCCACUUAAACACUCUCCUAUUUCAUGCUACACUUCAGCUCACGGCGAGACUGGAUCUGCUCGACAAACUCAGUGGUCGGCGUGAGAGUAGACGUCGACACGUGGAUGCACUGAGCUCAGAACUGCGAAACCAAAUUUCGAGGAUACAGAAUCCUCCCGACUGCAGUCAGUCGCGCUUCGCUCUGGCAGAACUACGUUAUAGUUGCGGAUUUGGAUGUUCUGCUCAUCACAUGGUUCUGAAGUUUUCAUUUGCCUUCGCAACUAAUCGCACUCUGCUGCUGCAGUACAAUGACUGGAAGGACAUCUUUCUGCCGUUCUCUAACUGCUCGUCGAAACAGGCCGAAGGACUGCCGAAUGUCCCUCGUCUAGAAAACGGACUUCCGAAUAUAAGCACACGCUAUUAUGCCCCUGCUAUGCCAAGGCAGUGGUCCGGUAAACUAGGUACGACAUUGGGUGAUCCCUUUCCGUGGUACCGUGGUCAUCUGUUGAAGUACAUGCUUCGUCCAAAAGAUCUGGCCGUGCGCCGUGAACUUGAAAUGGAGUUGCAGGGUAUGAAGAAGAUUUCAGAUACCCAAACAUACGACGGACCAAUCGCCAGCAUACACAUUCGUCGAACCGAUAAAGUCGGUACUGAGGCAGCAAGUCAUGCAGUAGAGGAGUAUAUGUUUCACGUUGAACGUUUCUUUGAAUUAAAGGAGAGGGAAUAUGGCUUGGAAACUGGCAGUAGGAGACCACCGUCGUGGUCCCGGCGAUGACGCGUCUUCUUGGCUUCUGAUGAUGCAUCCGUUUUCCAGGAGGCCAGAUCCAAAUACCCCAGAUAUGAAUUUAUUGGUCGACAGAGAAAUGGAAGUGCAUAUAAGAAUCGUUGGUCUACCGCAGGUGUGCACGCCAUCCUCGCUGAUCUGCAUCUUUUGGUGUCGGCCGACUUCCUCGUCUGUACCGGCAGCUCCAAUGUUUGCAGGCUUGCCUACGAACUCCUCUCGGCAAAGUCCCCGAUUUAUGGUGAUGCUGCAUUCCAGAUGCAGUCAGUGGAUCAGAUGUACCAAUGCAUCCAUUCGCAAAGACGCUGGUGGAGAGCCAUUGCAGACUUCAGGGAGGAGGGCGUCAAGUUGGCUGACCACGUGUCAAUCUCAUCAACAAAGUGGGACGGCUAUGUCCAGACGGCCUGGACACUGUACAGAACUCGUGAGGGUGCACUACCCGCUUAUCUAUUUGAAGAGAUUGUUCAGCCUAGCUAA